AUGGAAGCUAGAUCAAGGGAAGAGACUUUAAAGAUGGAGGCUAGAACCAAGCAAUUGGUAGAGGCUGAGAGGGAAAAUUUACUGAGUCAGCUUUCCCAACUCAUCCCCAAUUUUGAUCCAAGCAUGCUUAAACCGAAAACUUGCACCUGUCAAAACCAAGGUCAAGAGCAAAGUCCCAAAAAUCCAAUGUCGGACAAAGCAAGCUGCUCUGGGCUCUUGAUGGGAGAUCAUUUGCAAAGUCCCAAAAAUCCAUAUCUCACAUAUCCAAUCAGAUACAUUUUGGGGAUGAUACUGCCAAGAAUUGGGAAAAGUAGGAUGAAAUGGAAUUUAGAAAAGCAAGAUGAAGAAAAGAAAGAUGAAGAAAAGCAAGAUGAAAAGAAUAUUGAAGUAGUUGAUUAUCCAAAGCUGGAGAUGCCAUCUUCUUUACAAUCCCUUUGUCGUUAUGUAGAAAUGACACUAAAGCCUCUGGAGAAGACUAUGAUCUUUACAAUUGAGAAGGAGGUGUUUGGUGAUGAUCGUAGUACCUUCGUCUUGCAUGAAGAUAUUACACAUUUGCAGGCAUGGAGGAAAUUGGGGCUACUGUGGUUGCAGUAUAUAUGA